AUGCCUGCCCUAACGAGCGUACAACAACUCCAAAGAUCAACAUCACAAAGACCGCCAAAAAACGAAGAAGUACUCGCAACCUCAAAAUUCAGUCUCGACCUCCUUCUCGACCCCAUUCCCGACCUAGGUCUCCCAUCUGAAAUCAAAGCGCACAUUUUUAAUUACCUCCAUGUCAAAGAUGCGGGGUCCUUAAGAUUGAUAUCUCGAGCUUGGGCUGUCACCGGGACUGAGAGACUAUUCAGAGAUGGCUUCAAGCUUUACCCUCAUUGUCAACCAACAGAUAUGGAUAGGCUGCGCAAUGUAUCCGAAUGUCCGCAUCUAGCUCAAACCAUCAAGUCGAUAAUCAUAUUUCUGGAUUCAAGUGAUGCGAGAAAAUGGACUUUUUAUUUUUCAGAUGCGAGAGAAAUUCUUCGGAGACGAAUCGCUAAUGAACCUGGCUUCUGUGAUCCCGUUCACUUGGCAAAAGCUUUCAGUAAUCUUACUAAUUUCAAAAGCCUCACGAUUACCUCACUUAGCUAUCCGCUUUCGGAAGAUAUGUUUCAAUCGACGGCAACUUGGAUUCCCAGUUGGAAUUCCACAAUUGAAGAAGAGCGAACACAAUUCAUGGCAGAUGAUUUGUCUCAAUGGUAUUACACUUCGAUAGUAGCAGCGAUCAAUGCGGCUGGUGUGGCACUUUCAUUUGUUGAAUUUGAUUGUCUACCCAUGGAUUGUUUAUCAUCCCAGGAACUGGGAUCUCCUCCUUUUAUUCCCCUACAGCCCUCCCUGCAUCGACUUUGUCUUUUAUCUGAAUGUUCUGGCCACCCAUACAGAUCUCUCAAUGGUCUAGUCACCUCCCUCGAGCAAUUGUCAAUUGGAUUUUGGGACUAUGGAUUACAUCCUGGCAGGAUUCACUUGUUGCUCAAAGGAUCAUCGACCUUUUGA